GGCAACAAGAGGAAGAGAAGAAGAGCAACCCUCUUGUGGUGGUUGUUAAUGUCUGUGGGUGUUGUUGCAGGGGUUGUUGUUGCUGCUGAAAGCAAGGACGUCAAUCUUAAGAGACAUCAACAACUACGUUAGCACCACCAAGGAAACCUUAGGCUACGUCGCAGCGCCCGGCCCUUUUUGUUUUGACUCGCUCGAUUGAUUGCAACUGGCAAGCAAGUCUGCGACCGUCAUCAGCAUGAACCGCGAGGCAGCACAGCAGUGCAUCCAGCGCGCGCGCUCGCAUAUGAGCGCCGGACGCCUGGACGAUGCCCUUCGCUUUGCGAAAAAGGCCGCAAACAUGAAGGACACGGACGUGCACCAGGCAGAGACGCUGAUCAAGAUUAUUCAGGAGAAGCAGAAGAAGGCAGCGAGCGGGUCGGACGGUGCGCAAGCCAGCAGCACAGCGCCGACGAGUGGCGCGGCAGCAGCAGACGGAAUGCGUUAUCGUCGCACGGCGUUUCGCGCGGAGGAAAAGACGACAACCACGACAUACCGCGAGCAGCGACAAGCGCCGCCGUCACGGCCGUUCACAGCCGAGCAAGCGGCGGCGGUGCGUCAAGUCCUGCAGUCCAAGAACCUCUAUGACCGUCUUGGUGUCGACAGGCGCGCAGACGCAAAGACUAUGAAGCGUGCAUUCAGAAAGCUCGCGCUGCGCCUUCAUCCCGACAAGAACCCCGCACCCAAGGCGGACCAGGCAUUCAAAGCCGUCAACAAGGCAUAUGAAAUUCUCUCGGACGACCAGAAGCGAAGGCAUUACGACAUGACGGGACAGGAAACGCCCUCGCGCCCAACAAUGCGCGCAGAGGACAUUUUCGCCAACAUGCACGACAACCCAUUUGAGUUUUUCUUUGCUGGCGGCCCCGGGUUCCGCGUGUACCGCAAUGGCUUCAACGGCGGCGGCGGUGGUGGAUUUCGACAGCGCCAGCGCCAGCGGCAGCAGCACGAGCACGAGGCUGCACGGGACCGCGAGGCGCAGCGCAUGAACAUGUUGGGAUACAUGGGCAUGUUUAUGAUAUUCAUGGUGCUGAUGGGCGCUUUCUCCUCCGACCACGCCCCCUCCCCUUACUCGUUCACCCGUUCAAAGAUUCACCACAUUGCGCGCCGCACAUCGACUGAUCCCCCAAUCUCCUACUACGUCGCAAGUGACUUUGCAUCCACGUACCUCGGGUCGUCGCGGGAGCACCGGACACGGCUGCACCAUCUCGAGCAGCGCAUAUUCAGGGACUACUACCACCACAUGGAAACAAAGUGCUAUCAGGAGCGGGAGAUGAAGGCAUACCGCAUCCGGGAAGUCCGUCGACGGCGACUGGGGGACGAUGAGUUGGAGAAGGCGCGGAAUGCGGCGACACCGAGCUGCGAUGUCCUCAAGAAGCUCUUGGAAACGCACGGCGUGUAGCCGCAGCCGCAGCCGCACUGCUGGCAAACGGCUGGUCACCAUUGUCCGUGGUGCGCGCUCGUGUGUCGACUGUGGUGAUUGGUGAUUCGCUGUGGUGGCUGUUACUUUUGUGUGUGUGUGUGUGUAUGUGUGUG